AAGAGAGAGAGAAGAAGAAGAAGAAGAAGAAGAAGAUGGGGCUACAAGGUCAGCUCAGUGACGUCUCUUCCGAUUCGAUUCCUCUGAUGCUCCUCUCUCUCCUCGCCGUAUUUUACAACCGUCUCCGGUCUUUCCUCCUCCAUCUCUGCGCUUCCAAUUCUAAUCUCCCCGUCGACGAUGGCUCCAUCAUAGCGUCAGGACUGGCCAACAUCAUCGUGCUCGCCGAUCAGCUGAACCUGAACCGGUUAUUCUCGUACCGGUGCGGAGACGAAGGCGGUUCGGAAUGCGUGGUGUGUCUGUCGAAGCUGAAGGAAGGAGAAGAGGUGAGGAAGCUGGAGUGUCGACACGUGUUCCACAAGCAGUGCUUAGAAGGAUGGCUCCACCAUCUCAAUUUCAUCUGUCCUCUCUGUAGAUCUGCUUUGGUCGCCGAUGGUUGCGUCUCCCGAACGCAGCGACGCGUCGGCACGGAUUUGAUCUCCUGCUUCUCUCUCCACUGAUUUACCCGUGCGCUCGAUAAAAGGAGAUGAUCGGAUCGGAAGAUUCUGAUUUAACGGCGGUGAUUCACCCAUCUCCAAUUGUUCUUUUUUUUUUUCUUUCCAUAUAUCUAUAUAUAAAAAGUAAGAAAAACAAAAUAGAGAGAAUUACGGUGGCUGGCUGGUUGAUUUGACCACGCGCGCCCUUAUAUUUUCUCGGAUUUUUGUGUUGUAUUUGGUUUUUGAGGUGUCUCUCAUCUGAUGAGAUUGGAGAGAACCUUUGUGUUUUCAACUUCAUGUGUAAAUUUGAAUAUACAAAGUUGUAACAGUUUGGAUUUUGGUCUCCUUAAUCUCAUAUACCAUUACUCUUA